UAUGGGGAACUACAGUCGGGAAUAUUUUGAAGGAUGUGUCAGUUAAAGUUAUCCAAACGUUUAGUUUCGGUUUGAGUAACGUUAUCAUAUAUGACGUUUUGGAAAGUGUAAACAGAUUAUGUCUUCACCACGGCUAGCUCGUCUGGUUAGUCUAAACGUAACAUAUGUACUGGUAUAAAAAUUUGCUGGAUAGCUCUCGGUCAGCCGGUGACAUGAUUUGCCAACAGAAUUAGAUUUUGGUUAUGAGCGCGUUAUGCUAAUGUUUCUGCUGGAAAAUACCGUCGUCAGGUUAAUUCGCCUGUUUGUCCAGAAUCCAAACCUUUUCUAAUCUGAAACCACAACCACAUAUCGACCCUCGUACGGUAAUGGAGUUUGCUAUCCAGCACACCUGGGAUAGCGAUCCUGUGAAUCAUGACCCGAUCAGGAUCCUUUUCUCCCCUGGACAAGGAGGGCUGAAGAUUGAGGUGUUUGGUCCCUUCUUCAAUGACCCAGCAGCUCCUGCAGGGCCCCCCAGUCAGGCUUUCCCUGGACUAUGGGAUUAUGAAGUUGUUGAGUCCUUCUUCCUUGACAGUACUACAGAAAAUUACCUGGAAGUGGAGCUUUGUCCACAUGGACAACACCUGAUAUUAUUGCUGUCAGGAGUCGGCCAAGCAUUCCUGCAACAAUUGCCUAUGGUGUUUAAUGCCACAAUCAAAGGGAACAGGUGGAUGGGUGAGGCUCUUGUCCCCUGGUCGUACUUCCCUCCUAACGUUAACAAGAUGAACUCCUACGCCAUCCAUGGCUCCGGAGAGAAGCGUACAUAUGAGGCUCUCUACCCCAUUCCAAAGGCAGAGAUAGUAGAAGGCCAAAAACCCAACUUCCAUCGGCUGGAGUAUUUCCAAAACUUCCGCCUGCAAAGCAUCAUGGGACAAGACUGGGUCCAGCCAGAGUCUGAUCUGUGGAGAGGAAAACCCUGACCCUUUUAAAAACACUCCCUUUUUCCACUCUCUCUCUCUUUUCCUCUCUCUUGCACACACAGGCACGCACACACACACUUACACACGAUGGCAGCAGGGCAAUAGUACAAACACUCGUUGUCUGGGAACAGAGGACAAUCAAUCUUUAUUAGUUAAUGAUGUCAAAUGAUAUGACAAGAAAUAUGUUAUCAGCUUGUCAGAGCGUAUUAGCCUUCACACACAUUCAUGCGAGCACACAGGCACACAGACACCACAGGCUAUUGGACGUCACCUGAUAUUGCCUUGGCACAGUGUGACCUACAGCAGUUAUACUGUGGAUGGUGGCAAAGACUGCUCACUUUGACCUUCAGCUCCCGUGUAGCCUGUGCUUUUUGCUUCAGUGACAUAAACACAGCAACAACCAUACACACACCAUUGAAGUAAAAAAAAUCAGUUCUUCUGAAACAUAUGCUAGAGCUUUUGAAUCAGCGCUGUACUGUCAUUUUCAAUCAUUCCACUACUUCUUAUUGAUUUCCUUGUACAAUUAGCUACGUUUACAAAUGCUGGUGAAGUGUAUUGUCAUUUCUUUUCUCUGUGAUUGUUUGACAAAUGUCACCUUAAUUGUAUUUCUGAUAUACUGUUAUGUUUCAGUGCUAUGUCUAUUAAAGUCAUCAUCAUUCA